AUUCAUCAUUCCCCAUCGACGUCGAUUUUUCAAGGAAAGUCAUAAAGAAAAAUCUGUAUCAGCAGUCUCACCGUCGUAUAUUGGUGAUUUAAUUCGAUUAUUUGUGUUGAAAAUCCUUCACUACGCUUUCAAAAUUGCGUGCAUCGCGUAGUUUGCAUCUCGGUACACCGUUCGGUGAAUAACUUGCGACGGGAAACAUACCUCCCAUAGCUAAAAUUUGAUAUUGACGAAACAAUUUUUUUUACGGAACACGAAGAAACGGAGCGGAGGUGGAAAAAGUAGCUGAUUAUUAUUUUGCUUUCUCUGGUUGGAGCUCGUGCGGUCGGGUGAAUAGAUCGAGGCGGAGUCGGUUUUCUACUCGAGAAGGGAACCUCAUCGGUCUGUGGUAGAUAGACCUUUGUGUGUUGGAACGUUUGAAGGAUACUACGUUUCUGUAGUAACGUUGGUGACUAAUCGAAUCCGGAAGUUUAAUCACAAUGGGAAUACUCGGACCAUCGUCACUGACAACUGAUAUAGAAAAAGCCACAAAUGAAACGAACGCCCAGGAGAAAUGGGGCCUGAUCAUGGAAGUCUGUGACAAAGUGACAAACGGGGCGGCCACCUCCAAAGAAUGUCUUUCUGUAAUCGUGAAACGAUGUAACCACAACGAUCCACACGUGGUCAUGCAGGCCAUUACGCUACUGGAUGCAUGCGUGAGUAACUGUGGAAAACAGUUCCAUCUGGAGGUAGCCUCGCGAAAUUUUGAAAUCGAAUUCAGAAAGCUACUGCAAAAGAGUCAACCAAAAGUGAACACGCGUCUCAAGCUCUGCUUGAAAAAGUGGGCCGAGUCCGAGUUCAAAAGUGACCCACAGUUGAAUCUGAUUCCAUCGUUAUAUCAAAAGCUGCGCUCUGAAGGGCACGACUUUACCGAUCCCUCCGUGGUUCCCAAAAGGGAGAUUCCGAUGAGCACAAAUCCCAAUGUGGUCUCUAGUCAGCAGGAGGAGGACGAUAUUGCGAAGGCGAUUGAGUUGUCGCUGAAGGAAAGCAAGAGCAGUGGUGGCGGCCCGGGUAGCAGCAGCCAGUCACCGAAAAUGUCAAGUGGAGGUGGAGGCACCACCAGCAGUGCGGGAUCACUGUACCCAUCUGCUUUGCUGGCAACGGUACCGGUUGUGGAACCCAGAAAGGUUCGUGCCCUGUACGAUUUCGAGGCAGCCGAGGACAACGAAUUGACGUUCCAGGCCGGUGAAAUCAUCAUGGUGUUGGAUGACAGCGAUCCGAACUGGUGGAAGGGCCAGAACCAGCGAGGCGAAGGUUUGUUUCCAUCUAAUUUUGUCACAUCGGAUCUGAACGCCGAGCCGGAAAGCGAUGCUGCGGGAGGGUCGUCAGGGGGUAAGAGCAAAAAGAAUGUGCAAUUUUCGGACGAAUCCAAAAAGGAAGAGGAAAAUGGAAUCGCCAAGGAGAGUACUGUUGAAAUUAAUGAGGAAAAAAUUGAUCGUUUGCUGCAUCUGCUGCACGAAGCAGAUCCUGAGGACCCAUCGACGGACAGCGAAGAGAUGCUGCAGUUGGAACAAGUGGUUAACCAGAUGGGGCCGUUGAUUGAUACGGAAUUGGAACGGGUUGACAGGAAGCAUGCUCAGUUAACUCAGCUAAGUAGUGAUUUGGUGGAAGCAAUCAAUCUUUAUCACACGUUGAUGAGGGAACCAGAUCGUUCGAUGAUGAUGGGGCUCGGUCCGACCGGAUAUGGAAUGCCGGGUUUUCCGGGACCAUCCACUAUGCCUGGAAUGUACAAUAUGCCAGGCAUGUAUAACCAAAAUAUGCCAGGCAUGUUUCCAGCAAUGAAUGGAAUGCCUGGAAAUGUGCCACCUUACGGAAUCCAUCAGUUGAGGCAUGAUCUAGGCCAAAUGAGUGUCAGUUCUGUACCGCAGUUUCCUUCUCCACAGCAAGCAAUGCCUACAAUGUCUCAAACUGGUCCAACUAGUUUAUCCUCGCAUCAAUUGCCUACAAGUGCAGCUGCUGGAGUCAGUAUUCAGAGUCGUGGUCAGCAGUCUCAGGUUAUCGGACAGCCUACUAUGCACCCACAACAUCAACAACAGCAGUCCCAACACAUGCCAAAUAUGCCGAUUCCAUCGCAGUUGGUAGGACCACCCCAACAACAACAGCAACCACCCUCAGCUAACGUAGUUCCCCAUACGGCGAUGAACAUGAGUCACAUGCAAUCAUCAUUACCACCAAAUUUCUCGAAUCCCACAUCACCGCCUCCAUCCGUAAGUUCGGCACCUUCUUCUCUGCCACCGCAACAUACGCCACUAGCAGCAGCAGGUGCAAAUCUGUCUAUUGCACGACCACCACCACCACCAACGACCCAGCAACAUCAACACGCCGGUAACUAUCCAAACUACGCUCCACCUCAACCGCAGCCACAGCAACUACCACAACCAUCAUCGGCUGUAAAUGGUCCAGCACCUCCACAGCAGCAACCAACCGCAACGGCUCCGCCUCCCAACAGUAUCAACCCGCACCAUAAUCACAAUCAGAUGGGACCUUUGCCACCUUUUCAAAGCACCACCCUUCCCCCGUACAUGCAGAUGCCCCCAGGAAUGGUUCCUGGCAGCGGCGGUGUUGGUUUCGGCCCCCAUCAUCACCACAUGCUCGGCAUGAUGCCACCUGGAGGACCCCUCGCUAUCAAUACAGCCAACAAUUCGCCGCAGAACAUUCCAAUCUACCAGCAGCAACGGUAAACCAUUAUUGUUUUGUUUUUUUUUGUAACCACUAUUGAUUGAUAUUUAGCCUACCGUUUUAAAUUUCAAUCUUCAACCGCCACCCGGUUGUCGCACUAAUCGUGUACAUACAUACAUACAUACGAUCAUGAAACAAGCGGGCCCUAAUCUCUAUGGAAUCCUAAUCAACUCGUUGCAAUUGCGAAGCCAACAUUGUUUUAAUCUAAAUCUUUUAUUUUCCAAAUGAGCCAUACGCAUGCUGUGUUUUUACCUUUGAUAAUACUAUAUUUUAAACUAUCUUUGCUGUCCCGAAGAGCUCCUGAUCAAACGACAGCAGAGCAAAUGUCGACUUCGAGGCGACGUUCGAGUCAUUCUAGAGAGGUGGAUGGUUAGGGCGAGAAGAACUUGAACUGGUAACGAUCGCAAAACUUUUUUGAAAAAAGCAAGAGCGAAAUAAUUCUAUGUAAGUUUCUAUGGAGUCGCUGUUUACGUUUGCAUCGUGACUUCGUCGUUCGUUUGUUGUCUUGCUUCGAGGAGGACAUGGGAACAUGGAUUCAUGAAGAAACAUUAUCGAAACACUCCUGAGCAUGUAGCUAGAUAACACACGAAGUGCGAAUUGUUUGCUUUGGCACCUACUAAGAAAGAAUAGAUAAAACAGCUGCUUGCUAGCGAGAACAUAUGAUUAUGAAAUGCUACUAAUAAACGAAAAAUAUGUAUUUAUGAUUAUAUCUGGUAACUACAUUGAAAUUUGCGAAGAGACACAGUCUACUGCUAUGCGCCUUGCGGAUGAAUGUGUAAUAUAUUUAAAUAUAGAGCUGGCGGUAAAUAAAGUUAUUCAAUAAAACUCAAA